UAUUUAAAUAGCUUUUCAAUAUAAAAUAAUGGACAGAUAUUGUUCUCACAGAGAUUUCGUAACAAAAAUAGACAGACUAUCAAUCAGCCUGUCAGUUGUUACGCAAUUAAAGAAAUGCAGUUUGCACUUUUAGUUCACCUUACUCCCCCAUCCCCAACAGUAAUAAACUCGUCCUGACGUCGACGUGACGUAGACGGCUCCGUCUGCCGACUGCCUCUGCCACAGCUGACAGACGACAGUGAGAGUGACUACGACUAGUGAGCUAGUGACAGACAGCCCGGAUAAGGUUAUGUUAUGUUGAUGGUAAACUAACACCAAAAACUGACGUUUUGGCGUUCGUCCGUUACUCGUUUGUUACGGUGUUAAAGUGUUAUACAAUUUGUAUUCUUAUUCUUGUAUUUGUUAAAAUGAAAAGAAGCUAUCAAAGUGGGGCAAAGGAAAGGCAAGACAAGAAGAAAAGAGAAGAGGAUGCUUCAAAGUGUUCUUCCACCCUAUCUGCUUGGUUAUGUCCUACUACUAGUACUACUACAACUAAAAGUACUAAUGUCACAUCUACAUCUAGUACUGAAACUAGACCAAUAAUUGCCUCAGUCCCAGGAAAUGAGAUUGAAGAGGAAGUUACAGCUCAAGAUAACGCUGAAGAAAGUAUUGAUGAAGAAGUAACAUGCCUAGGGCUAGGGCAUCAACAAGAAAAUUGUGCCAAACCUCCAACAAGUCCUACGUCAAGCAGUGAACUGAUCGGCGUAAAUGAUCAAGUGGAAUGUAGCCGGACGAAUAAAAUUAAUGAAACUUGUUUAAACACCGGAGAACCCCAUUUUCCAGACCAGAUCAUCGAUCCAGAGGUGAAAAAACGAAUUAUUGAAUUAGGACUAGGACCCUAUCAACCAGUUGGCCCAUUUCCAUAUGAUGGAAAACAAGGUAGGUCCUUUUCAGACAAUUAUUUUACCCUGAAGUCAAAGUCUGGGCUCAAACUGAAAAGAACUUGGUUGUGCUAUUCGUCCAAAUUGGAUUGUGUUUAUUGCCAACCUUGCUGGUUGUUUCCCCAGAAAGGACCUGUAAGAGGAUGGGAUUCAGGAUUAAGGGACUGGAAACAUUUGUCUGAUCGCAUAAAGACACAUGAGAAUUCACAGCACCAUGCUGAUUCCUGCUUGGUUUAUGAGCAAUGGCGACGUCAUGGCUCAAUAGACGAUGCACUAGAAAAAGGUUUGAAGGAGGAGCGGAAUUUUUGGAGGAAAGUUUUGAAGAGGGUCUUAGAUGUCUCCCUUAUGUUGGCAACAUGCAACCUUCCUUUUCGUGGAGACAGUUGGCAUAUCACUGAUAGAAAUAAAGGUAAUUUUCUAUCAUUGAUUGAAUUGCUGUCAAAAUAUGACACUAUCCUAGAAGAUCUAAUUACAAGGCCAAGUGGUACUGUUAAUUAUCUCAGUCCAACAAUUCAGAAUGAAAUUAUUUCUCUGAUGGCUAGUGAAGUGCUUAGUGGAAUUAAAGAAGAGCUUUUGAGUGCGCCUUUUUUCUCCAUAAUUUACGACACAACACAAGAUGUAAGUAAAGUAGAUCAGCUAAGCGAAGUUUUUCGCUAUGUAAAGAUUGACCAUGACCAACUCGGAAAACCUUGUGAGUUGAGAAUUUGUGAAACGUUUACAUCUUUCACAGCAGUUACUGACCAAACCGCUUCGGGGCUAGAAGACGUCAUCAUAAAAUCAAUUUCAGAAAAAGGCCUUGACAUAACAAAAUGCAGAGGACAAGGAUACGAUGGUGCAUCGGUCAUGAGUGGUGUGUAUAAUGGAGUACAAAAGAGAAUCCAAGAACUUGCACCCCAUGCCUAUUUCAUUCACUGUGCCAGCCAUAAUUUGAAUCUGGUUCUUAAAGAUGCCGUUGAAUGCAAUCGAGAAAUAGCACAAUUUUUUGAGACGGUGCAAAAUAUUUACAGUUUUUUUGGCCACAGCAUUGUUCGGUGGCAAGAACUAAAAGUCGUUUCUGGUUGUACAGAGAAUCCGAAGGCUCCUGUUCCUAAAGACAAGGUAACAUUAAAGACUUUAAACCCUACACGUUGGGCAGGGAGAUAUGAAGCUGUGUACGCUUUAAAGGAAAGGUUCGGUGAUGUAAUGAAAGCCUUAAAUAAAAUAAUUUUGACAAGCAAAAAGCCAAAGGAAAGGAAUGAAGCUGAGGGGCUCAAAAAAAGGUUAGAAUCUUUUAGUUUUGUUUUGCUCUUGACUGUCCAGUGCAAAAUAUUAGGGGAAAUAAACAUUGCCUCAAAAUCCUUGCAAACGGAAUCUAUUGAUUUAAUGACAGCGUACGAUCUCCUAGGCAAUGCUUUAUUGAAAGUAACCGAACUUCGUUGGUCCUUUGAAGAAGUCUGUAGUGAAGCAGAAGAAGUAUGUUCAAAAUGGGGGAUUACGAUUACCCAUGAAUUUAUUGGCCAACGUGCAAGAAAGGUAAAAAAGCACUUUGAUGAACUUUGUGAAGACCAAAGACUGACAGAUCCUAAAAGCAAUUUCAGAGUGACAAUAUUCUUCCCAAUGGUUGAUACUAUAGUGUCACAAAUUGACAACCGUUUUAAAGGCAUGAAGCAAGUGAUUGAUGCCUAUAAAAUUGUUCACCCUUCUUUCCUGGCCUCAUGUUCAGAUGAAGAACUGCGUUGUGAAGCUGAUAAUUUUGUAAGCAGAUUUUCAGAUGAUGUAACGCCAUUGUUCAAAGCUCAGAUUUUAUCAGUAAGGAAUGCUUUUCAAUCCAAAUUAAAGGAUUUCAAAGAAGUAAAAGAAGUUGCAAAAUCUCCUACUCAUUGA